GCUCGAGCCCAUUAAAUGCUUGAGGGAUUACCAAAUAAAUGCUCUUCAAACCCUAACCCUCCACUUUAUUCUCUUCCGCCAUCGCCGCCGCUAUCAAACCCAGCAUCUCCCAGAAUGACAACCAGGUUGAGGAAGAACCGAAAGAAGCGUGGCCACGUGAGCGCAGGCCACGGCCGUAUUGGCAAGCACCGAAAGCAUCCCGGAGGUCGCGGUAAUGCCGGAGGAAUGCACCACCACCGUAUUCUAUUUGACAAGUACCACCCUGGUUAUUUCGGUAAAGUCGGCAUGCGCUACUUCCACAAGCUACGCAACAAGUUCUACUGCCCUAUUGUCAACGUCGAUAAGCUCUGGUCGAUGGUACCCCAGGAAGUCAAGGACAAGGCUUCUAAGGAUAAUGUGCCCAUGCUUGAUGUUACUCAAUUCGGGUACUUUAAGGUGUUGGGGAAGGGAGUCUUGCCGGAAAACAAGCCGAUCGUGGUAAAGGCCAAGCUUGUGUCCGAGAUUGCCGAGAAGAAGAUUAAGGAGAAGGGCGGAGCUGUUGUACUUGUUGCUUAGGUUCGGCGCCUGUUUUUUUGCUCUGUUUCGUAUUUUCGCUUUUUUUAGUAUAUCAAGACAUUUUUCUUAUGAUAGCUGGCUUUUUAGGGAUCAGUGAUACGGGAUGUUAUAUUUCUGGAUCCUUUUUUUUUUAAAAUAGCAGAGAUUAUGUGUUUUUGCUAAUCAUGUUUCCAUGGAAUCUGAAAUGGAUGGAAUCUAUCUUGUGUUCUAUAGUGCGAUAACUGCUAUUUAAGGAUACUUGAUGGAA